GCUCAGACCGCUUUGACGGCCCUCUCCGUCUCGUUUCAAGCGAGCCCGGUCUCUCCCAGAAACACCCCUUCUUCUAAAAUCAUGGCUUCAGCCCUGCGGCUUGUCAAGCAGUUCCGCGUACGCGAACUCGCUCCCGUCCUCAAGGCUGCUGACCCGCAGUUAUCAACUACGCGGCCAAAAGUCCGGAACCCCUUCCUUCCUUUCAAGAACCCCGAUACCGGUCGCUGGGCCCCUGCAAAGUACUCUCUCAGGCGACAAGCGGAACUUGUCAAAAACGCGCGUGCUAGCGGCACGCUGCAUCUCCUCCCUCCUGGACCCAAGCUCUCCCACAAGGAGCUUCCGGCAGCAUCACAGACUGUAUCUCAGACUGUGGCUGCGCCGGCGAACGGGGACGCGGUCGUGGAGGGCGAGAUCCUGGUGACGGACGCACAGCUGAAGGGGCAGCCGUGGUGGAGUGGGCAGGUAGAAUGGGAGGGCGAGUUCAAGGAGAAGGAGGUCAAGGGCGCGGACGUGGGCAACCGAUUGUAUGCGGGCAGGAAGCGGAUGUUCAAGGGCCACAAGUGGCAGCGGACGCAGCAGGGGAGGGAGCGGGAGCAGAAGAUGCUCUUGAAGGACAUGAAGGCCCGCAUCGAGCGGUUCAAGACGACGUACAGGCGCAAGACGCCUUCGCCCAUCAGCCCUGCCCGACCGGUGUCAUACUCCAAGCUUCCAUUCUAAUAUUUACUGUCACAUAUUAUACAGCGCCGUCGCGCUUGGCGUUCGCAUAAUCUC